CUCCGGACAUACCCCCGUACGCGCUCGGACUGCUGACAAUCCACUGCACGGAUACAACGGCAGUCCACAGGAACUGCAACUCCUGCUCGUUUAGUUUAUCUGGAGAUCAACGCCAGGUCAGCGCUGGAAAUGACGAGGAUGGAAAGUGCCAGUGUACUGUUUGAACUCUCUGGAAGUUUGCGAAAUGUAUAUCUCGAAGAACAAGGAUUAUAAUUGCGUGUAUUGCCGCGCAGUUGAUAGGAAACGUUAUGAUAGUAUUCGCGAUUUGCGCGUCUUGUUUAGCGUGAGACAAAACUGAGUGCGCUAGCGCGAUUACGAUUUGUUUCUACGUGCAUUACUCUUGUUUUAACAGACUGUGGAUUUGAAACACCUUGCACGGAGUUAAACGCAACAUGGAAAGCUGAAGAAACCAAUGUGAAUAGAGUGCAGUUACGCAAUGUUGCGAUACAAUUGCCUGGCACUCUUAAAAUUUCACCGCGAGCAUCCUGAAAACAGAUUCGGAUCGUACACUUUUGGACACUCAAGAUCUCAUUGAAGAAGCAAAACUUUCGAAGUUGCGCGAAUCUAACAUUAAGAUUGUCUGCUGUAGAUUACAUUACAUUCUAAACGUUUGCCAGACGUUACAUUUUGGUUGUAAGAACGUCAGAAUGUCCCGUUUUCUCAAUUCGAUACUCACGUUCUUUUACGCUCCCAAAACGUGUUUUUACUAAUAACCAUUGGCACUUUACUAAAACGUUCUUACAACGUACAUUUUGGCAACAUUACCAUUCACCUUUACUACAGUUGGCAUAAAUGUACUAAAAACGUUCUUGCAACUUAAUUUAUUUCGACACAUUAAAAUGUACGCGUAAGUGUAACGUUUACAAAGAUGCCCUUUAACGCUCUCGAAACAGACCGAUAGCGGUAUCUUUGUUUGUAACGUUGCCUCAAAGGAGGCACAGAGUCAAUCUUUUAAACUUUUAAGAGGCAACUAAAGGUCAUGGGAGAGGCAGCUCCGACCCAGGCGACCCCAAGUGGCUUUGCGCCCAUGUUGGGUGUUGGGAUGGGAGGAUCAAUCACACCAGUCGCCACAUCAAGAGGAUCCGCCGUUCCUCAGCUGCACAGCGCUAUAGUGGAGCGCCUCCGCGCCCGUAUCGAGCUGUGCCGACGGCAUCACUCCACCUGCGAGAACCGCUAUCAGCGCGGCCAGGCGGAAACCUCGGACCGUGAGCACGAGAGCACGCUCCACCUCUUAAACAUCGUCCACCAGGGCCCUGGGAACAGGAAGAGCAAGGGCAAUAGAUCAGCCUCCCAGCAGCCUUCUGAUUUCAACAGAUUGAACGGUGAACAUAAAGUCCACAGUGUGUCGGAGGCAGAAUCCAAAAUCUCCUCGCAAAUAGCACAGGGUCUAAGAAGAAAGAUUGAAGCACAGUCUCCUGCUUAUAAUGCUAAGAAUGGCCUCUCCUGUGGAGCACCGAGAUCUGACUUCAAGCGUCCGCGCAUGGAACCCAACUCAUUUCGACCUGGUUCUUGUGCUAUGGCAUCAGGACAGACCCAAAACUUGGUCAGGGAUUCUGCCCGAGGUAACAUGCUUGGAAGGAAGGAUACCUUCAUGAUGCCUCAUGGAAUUGGCAGCGAUAUCUUUAACAUAACUCUAAGGGAUAUGAAGAAAGAGCCAACUGAAGUUCAGACGUGUGGUCAGUCAUCGACAGAUCCUUCUACCCUUACGUUUGACUUCAAAGAUGAAGGAAGUGGACAGAUCGAUCCAGAGCUCCAGGACUUGUUUGAUGAACUUACUAAAACAGUGCCAUCACUUAAUGAUCUGGAACUGGAGAAGAUGCUCAAGCAAGAUGAUGACUUUGGUCUGGAUUUGGGUCAACCCAGUUCAGCCGGUCAAAUUCCUCCCUGCAUUCAUCUAGAUAGGCCAAUCAAGACAGAGUACUCACCGGAUUUCAACCAGGCAGCUGGAGGAUCUCCGCAGCUUAGACCAGCCUCUGCCGGCCCUUCCUUUUCUAUGGCCAACACAACGUUAUCCACCUCAUCCAUAACUUCAAGUCAGAUGAAUCAUGGACAACCGUCUAGAGGACUUCCGGUAUGGCCCGAGAUGUCACAUGCUGAGCAGCUAAAGCAAAUGGCUGCUAACCAACAACAGCCCAACUUGCUUCACAACCAUCAUCAGGCUCAAGCUGGAGGCGUUAGGAACUGGUCUUCGGCAUUGGGUGUUCACCAAACACCUACCUCUUUCAAUCAGGAGAUUUCCCAGCGGAGAAUCAAUGCUGGGACUGCUGGUCAGGCUAAAGGCAUGGCCAACUGCUUUCUCAAGCCAAAUGGAUACAACACCUCCCAUAACCUCGACACAAAGGUUCUCAGCAACAAGACCUUGGCCCAUUUCAGCCCUAAAGUACCGCCAUCCACCACAACUCAACAGAUGCCUCUUAUGACUGUUCCACCAAACAAAGCAGUCAUGCAGCAACCUCAGCCGUCAACAGCAGGUCAGGGCAUGAGUUUUCAGAACUGCCAGCUGCCCAUGCAGUCAUCUACCUGCCUACAACCGAAACCCCACAGUCAAAGGCCUCCUCUUAACCAGCACGGUGCAGGAAUCAGUUUUAAAAUGACACAGCAGAGACAGGGUAUUUCAGCAACUGGACGUCCUGUUGAUAUAACUGCUCAGACCCCACAACAGAGAGGGUCAGUUCUCAGUUCUCAGCAGAAGAACCCAGGCCAGGACCAGAACAUUCAGAGACAACUGAGCCAACAGCACAGCAUUGCUGAUACAGAGAAAUUGAGUACCCAGGAUCAAUUUAGUCGUCACCUUACAAGACCCCCGCCAGACUACAAACAACCAUGCAAUGGAGUGGUAACACAACAGCCAGGUUUAUACUCAGGCAACGGGUCAGACCAAAAUAACAUCCAGUCUUUGUCAUGCCACCUGCCCAAUGGAGGACAGGCUACCAAUAUGGUGCCCAGCUCAGGAGAGCGAAGGUUUCCCAUCGGACAGGAAUCUAAUUCCGUAUCCACGGUUGCACAAGCUUGCGCCAGCCAGCUACGACAGCAACCCAACAGCCUGAUCCGAAUGGGGCUUCAGCAAAACAAAUCACAGUUCCACGGCACAAACAACCAGAGGGCCAGUUUUCAGUCGAGCAAUCAGCAUGUAAGGACCAGUGUGGGUCAAGAUGCCACACUGGGGCAAAGACUGGGUGACAUAACCACCAACACCAACAGGAUGAGCUGGGCAGCUAAUCCCAAACAGGGUGUAGCUCUACCGGGUGUUCCCAACACAGCGGUGCCCCAAAGUGACGCUCGCAUUCCCCCAAGGGCUAUUGGUCCACCCAAUCAGGUGGCACCUCACUCGAACCUCCUGCCCAUAAACCCAGCAGUCAGAGGUACUGCCCCCAGGUCUUGUCACCCCAGGAUACCCCCAUUACCCGGGGUGGCUUGCCUCAGCCAAUCCACCCCUGAACAGCAUAGAUGCUCGCCCGCAUUUGCAGGGAUGAACCAAAGCCCGGGAACGUAUCAGAACAACCGGGCGGGACGUAUUACCUUCGACUUCUUACAGGAGGACGAUAACACGGUACCAGGGAUCAAUGCCGAUUCCGAUUUCAUAGACUCCCUGCUUAAAUCAGGAUCAGGCAAUGAUGACUGGAUGAAAGAUAUCAAUUUGGAGGAAAUUCUUGGCAGUCAUUCAUAAAAACAUGUGGACUAUGUCUGGAUUGUGGUGGGAGCCUGACGCCUUUUUCUGUUAUUUUAUUAUUGUGUUGAAAACAAAUGUAUUUACAUGUACUAUAUCUUUGGGGUCUUUCUAUAUAUUAUCAUCGUAUAUCUUAUGAAGUUUUUUUUUUUGUUGUUGCCAAAUGGUAAUAACUGGCAAAUCCAUACAUUCCAGUAAACACUACAAGUGUUGUGUUACUAAUCCAUUAACACAGAGAUUAGUGUAAUGUAAUUGACAUCUGUCAUGUUUAAGUCAUUGAGGAAACACUGAUUUAUUUGAGCAAUUUGAAUUUAUUUUAGAAAUAUUUUUUCUAAUCUGGCUCUUGUAGUUCAAAGUUUUACUCCUCCAAAAUACAGAACAAAUUUGAAGGUUUGCAAAUGUAAUCCAUGAGAUGUAAUUUCAACUCUCAACUGACAUAUCAAUAUGUAUUAAAAAGAGCCGUUUAUAAAAUCUAUAGUACUGUUGAUCUGUAUUCUGUCAGAAUAUAACAGGAAAUUGUUAACUAAAAAAGUCCAAAUGUUUGAGGACACAGUUUUAAGCGGUCUUAUUAGUAAAGUUGUAUUUAUUCAUCCUAAACUCAGUAUAUGAUAUCUUUUUAUGAUUUAUUUUCUAUAAUGCGAUAUAAAUCAGU